AUGGACAUUCUAAGCUCUUUUUUGGCUUCUUUUUUCGUUCUGUAUUCUUUGGUUAUCUCUUUGCCUUUAACUUAUGGGCAGCUUGUUCCGGCAAUGUUUAUAUUUGGGGACUCAGUCGUGGAUGUUGGUAACAACAACCAGCUUGCCACCAUUAUCAAAGCAAACUUCCCUCCGUACGGAAGAGACUUUUUCAACCAUAGACCAACUGGGAGGUUCACUAAUGGCAAGCUUGCUACUGAUUUCGUUGCUGAAGCCCUUAGCUUUACUUCCUACCAACCGGCUUAUCUGAGUAGACAAGCUAGAGGGAGAAACCUCCUCAUCGGAGCUAAUUUCGCAUCAGCUUCUUCUGGUUAUCUUGAUGCGACGGCGAAUUUAUAUCAUACAGUUCCUUUGAGCAGGCAGCUGAAUAAUUAUAAAGAGUACCAAGGAAGAGUGGUGGGAAUCUUGGGGGCAGCCAACGCUACAUCAUUAUUUUCUAGUGGAAUUUAUCUUAUUAGCGCCGGAAGCAGUGACUUUGUGCAGAACUAUUAUGUUAAUCCUUUGCUUCACAACACUUAUACACCUGAGCAGUUCACCAAUAUUCUCAUGCAAAACUAUGAAAAAUUCAUUGAGGAUUUGUAUGGUUUGGGAGCAAGGAGAAUUGGGGUGACGGCACUUCCUCCAAUUGGGUGCUUACCAGCGGCCAUUACUUUAUUUGGGUCUGGAAACGAUGAAUGUGUAACGAGGCUGAAUCAUGAUGCUGUUUCUUUCAACACAAAACUCAACUCCACUUCUCAAAGAUUGCAAAAUAGACUCUCUGACUUGAAAUUGGUUGUUUUGGACAUUUAUCAACCUCUCUAUGAUAUUGUCACUAACCCUACUCAACACGGUUUCUCUGAGGCAAGGAGAGGAUGUUGUGGGACCGGUUUGGUAGAAACCUCCAUACUAUGCAAUCCCUUCUCAAGUCCGACUUGUACAAACGCCUCGGAAUACGUUUUUUGGGAUAGUUUUCAUCCCUCCGAGGCUGCCAACCAAAUUCUUUCUGAUGGUUUGAUCAACGCUGGCCUUGGCCUCAUCUCCUAA